AUGCACGUCUCAUACAUCUCCCUAGCGGUCUUCGCGAUCGGCUCCAUCGCCGCGCCCGCCGCUCCCGUAGCUCCUGCUACCCUUCAGCCUAGCAAUGGCAUCGGAAAGGCCGCUGGCGGCUUCCCUUUCAACCCAACCGGCUCUUCUAGUAUCGAGGACAGCGACGAUGGAUUCGACGACUUCCCCUCCGCCAUCGAUGCUAUGCAUCAGGCUUUGGCUGAGAAGCAACAGUCCGCUGAGGCCGCUCAGCACUCCUCGACUACCCACCCCGUGGUGGCCAAGCCCACUUUUGUCCACGGAGUUGCAAACUUCCCAGCUCCUGCCAUCUCUCAGGCCCCAAGUCUCUCCCACCCAACCCCUGUCUCCUCGCAGGUUCCUGUCAUUUCUAAGGCUGCCCCUACCGCCAUUCCCACUCCUAGCGAACCUGCUACCCCUGGCCCCCUUCGCAAGCUUGCCGGGGGGCUUCCCAUUGUUGGAGGUCUCGUUCACGGUCCCCUGGCUGGCCUCGGUCUCCGUCGUUGA